AGAAGGUUUUGUGGAGGGAGACGGAAGGAAAUGAUUUCUACAAUUAUCGGAAACAGGCCUGCGGUCUUGAUAUCAUACUCUCGGCGGUUGAAGAAUGAUCAGAGGUUUUAUAAAGCAUCAGCCUCCUGGACAAUGACAAUGGAUUCGAAGCCCUUACAGAAAGGGAAUAAAGAGAAUAUAUCAUCAGACAUCCCGAAAGGCCUUAUUUCCAGUCCAGAGACGUCUAAAACGUCGCUUCAAUUUAACAGACUGCAGCCACCUAAAGAGGCUUGUCGAGAAGAUAGCAGACUUGAUUUUGGGCAGUUCACAGCGCGCGAGGCUGUUCUUGAUGAAGAAUAUUGGACUGCAGCAUGGCUUCGAGCAGAAAGUCACUGGGAAGACAAAGCAAGUGACAGGAAUUCAAUUCAAUCAAAAGAAAUUGCAAAUCGCAGAUUGGCCACAAGUCCACAUGCAUUCUGGCGGUAUAAUUUUUUGCAAAUGUUGGAAACUUGGAACAUGUUUUCUUUUUUACCUCUAUAUGACUAUAUCAGUUACUUUGGUUCGGAAUACACUUGGAUCCAUAACAGUGUACCAGUAAAGAACGAACCGAGAAAUGUCAUACUGAAGAAUGUAGUUGGAACCUUAGAUCUGAGCAUGAGACGUUUGUUGCAUGGAGAAACCUUUCCUGCGGAACGGGUUAAAAUUCCUCUCUUCUGCAGCAUCCAGAAAGAAGGGAGCAAAUAUGGUUACAUUUCUAACUUAUGUGUGGCCAAAUCUGCGCGGCGCCAGGGAAUUGCAAGCAACAUGCUAAGUUUUGCAAUAAAAUCAGCUAUAUAUUAUGGUGCUGAACAAGUUUUUGUACACGUCCACAGAAAUAACAAACCUGCUCAACUAUUGUACCAGAAGAUGGGCUUUGAGGUGGUCGAAAUUGCAAGCUCCCAGUUAUCAGCUGAGCAAACGUACUUGCUUUGCUUGCGAGCACAAGGCUUAGAAGAAAAAUAUCUUUGAGAAGUCGAAGGGAAGAAUAAUUUCACCUAAGUAUAAUUGAAAAAAUUUCAGCCCAAAAGGAGUUCCUACACCCCACAACAAUUGGUUCUUAUAGUAACAGUAAAGCAUAUCAAGUAGAUCUCAGAAGUCAAACCGCAAUUAGAAAAAUAGUUAUGCCCAUUUUCAAGGAGUUCCAGUGGUAUCAGUCAGAUUAAAAACUAAUGCACAGUUAACAUACUAUGGAAAUACAUUCGGAAAUAGUUGGUGGAAUUUACCUUGGUCGCCAACAAAUAGCAAAACAUUCACCGAUUCGCGGGACUGACCAUGUUGAGAAUCUUAUUGCCAAGUCUUCUGCAAAUUGAAAGACUGCAGACGGAAGCCAUCAUCGAGGGGGGAUGUGAACCUGGCAAUCAGAGUUGGUCAAUGUAUAUUCAAGCACUUGACCAGGCACUGGGGUUAAUAAUCUGUAAAAAAACAUUCUUAAGCCAGGCUAUAACAAAGCCUAAAACUGUAUCCUUGUAACCAAUUUUAGAAUAUAUGCCCACACAACUGUUCAAAGAAA